AUGAAUGGUAACAAACUUGAAGAAUUUGCUCAAGAGUAUUUUGUUAAUUGUAAUAGUUAUAGAAUAAUUAUUACCACUGACUUAGAUCAUGAAUGUAUUAUUAGCUAUAAUCUUAGACAAAUACACCCUAAAAUGAUACCUGAAACUCUUAUUAAUGAAGUAUUUUGGGAUAUAUCUGAAAAAGAAAAAACUAAUUCUGAAGAAUUAAUUUCCAUAAUGGAUGAAGUUUAUCAAAAGAAUACUGAAGUUGAACUUGUUAAAGGUGAAAUUUCUAAAGAACUUAUUAGGAAAGGAAAACGUAAAAGAA